GAGAGAGACGGAGAGACAAGAGAAGGAAGAGAAAAGGAGAGAGGAGAUAGAAACACAAAACACGCAAGAAGCCCCCACACUCACACUUCUAUAAGAAGGAGUGGUUGUGUUGAAAAUAGGGAAAGGAGAGGGACUCCUGCUGCAGCCGGCUCCAGGAUGUAGGCAAUCAGCUGAAGAGCUCCUGCAGGCAGACGGGCUCAUCAUGAAGAAACACUCAGCCAGGGUAGCCCCUCUCAGCGCUUGCAACAGUCCGGUCCUUACUCUAACCAAAGUGGAAGGGGAUGAGCGCCCUCGGGACUCUCCAGCCCCAACAGAGACCCAAAUGCCAGCUGGUGUGGAAGCUGGAGGAAGAGCUGGCCAUUGCUGUUGGAAGUGCUCCAGAGAGCAGCUCAAGAAGUUUUUCUGGGGUGUGGCAGUGGUUCUGUGCAUCUGUUCCUCAUGGGCAGGGUCCACACAACUUGCCAAGCUGACCUUCAAGAAAUUUGAUGCCCCUUUUACCCUGACAUGGUUUGCCACCAACUGGAACUUUUUAUUCUUUCCUUUGUACUACGCUGGGCAUGUUUGCAAAUCCACAGAGAAACAGUCUUUAAAACAAAGAUACAGGGAAUGCUGUCGAUUUUUCGGAGACAAUGGCUUGACAGUGAAGGUGUUUUUCACCAAGGCAGCUCCCUUUGGCGUUCUUUGGACACUCACAAACUACCUAUACUUACAUGCAAUAAAGAAAAUAAAUACCACGGAUGUCUCCGUGUUGUUCUGCUGCAACAAAGCCUUUGUAUUCUUGCUGUCAUGGAUCGUUCUCAGGGACAGGUUCAUGGGAGUGAGGAUUGUGGCUGCCAUCCUUGCAAUUGCUGGGAUCGUGAUGAUGACUUAUGCAGAUGGAUUCCACAACCACUCCGUGAUAGGCAUAGCAUUGGUGGUGGGGUCAGCUUCAAUGUCUGCUCUUUAUAAGGUUUUGUUCAAACUUCUCCUAGGCAGUGCUAAAUUUGGAGAAGCAGCUCUAUUUUUGUCCAUAUUGGGUGUAUUCAACAUCCUUUUCAUCACCUGUAUUCCUAUCAUUCUUUACUUCACCAAAGUGGAAUACUGGAACUCUUUUGAUGACAUUCCAUGGGGAAACCUUUGUGGAUUCUCAGUUCUCUUAUUGACAUUCAAUAUUGUAUUAAAUUUUGGAAUUGCCAUUACAUAUCCAACUUUGAUGUCACUUGGAGUUGUAUUAAGUGUGCCUGUGAAUGCAGUGGUAGAUCACUACACAAGCCAAAUUGUCUUCAAUGGAGUUCGGGUCAUCGCCAUCAUUAUCAUCGGCCUGGGCUUUCUCCUACUGCUACUACCAGAAGAGUGGGAUGUCUGGUUGAUCAAACUGCUCAUGCGCCUCAAAGUGAGGAAGAAGGAGGAGACAGCUGAAGGCAAUGGAGACAUCGGCUCUGGACUACAGAGCAAACACAGAAGGACCCGCCCAUCCUUUGCGCGUUAAUGUCACUCACUCAUGAGGUAGUGGUAACAAAUAUCUUAUUCAAGGUUUAAAAGGUCUUGUCUCGCAAAAAGACACAUAUGUCCAACAUGGUGUACAUAAGUGUACAGUUUUGGUAUCUUACAGUAAGUCACCCGGCAUUUAUGGGCAUGUCCAAUCUGCUUGCACUUUUUUCACAUCAGACCUUUCACUUAAGAAUACCACUUGCAUAUGGAAGAAAAAAGGAAAAGAAGAAAAAAAAAACAAGAACCUCUCAGCUCUUUUUAAAUGAAUGUAACAUUAAGAUUAUCUUUGCAUUGAUUGUUUAGGAGACAGGUUUUCACGACAAGCCAAGGCGACUGGUUUUCAUGACAAGCCGGGACAGCCAUUUUGAAUCUUAGCAACUGAAUAUAUUACAUUACACACUGUGACUUUUUUUUUAAGAUAGAGUAAGUCAUACUUUGUUUUAUACUAGAGCUCUACUCUUAAUUUUAUGGAGUUUCAAUGAACCAAAAGAAAAUUGAAGGUUUAUUUUGAAUGGAAUAUAGGAUAUGGAGAAGGAAUAAUAGAAAGGAUAAUGUGUUGGGUGAUCUGCUAUGACUGGUCUGGAAAGGGAAGUCAGUUAGUUUAAGGAGAGAAAGGCUCUGCACGAGGGAAAUUGUGAAAGAAAGAUAUCAGAGCCCCAGCUGGUCUCUUUCUGCAUGUGUCCAUUUAAGAUCAUGCAAAAGAAAUUACAGUGCCUUCUAAAGAAUUUUCAUCUUUACCUUUGUGCAGCGAGGUGACAUUGUAAGUCACCAGCACCAUCUUAUAAUGUAGAUGUAGGGAUCUUUAAAAACAAAUUCUAUUAUAAGUACACAUAUGAAUAUAUAAAAUCACAAAGCUGAUGAUCAGUUAUAUAUGUACAUAUAUAUAAAUAUAGGAACACAGUUUGUUACAUAUAAUAUGAUUAAAAGGUAGACUAAGAGAAGGUGAAUUGCUGGUUGCUUUGACUUCAUGGUUAGAUAUUUUAAAAAUGAUUUACUGAAAAUGUAAACCUUUUUAUGAAACUUUUAAGCAACAGGCUGUUUACUUAUAUAAUUUAGGUCUACCAGAAAAUUCUAUCUGUGAUAGAUCUGUAAAGAGGAAAAGGGGUGGGGUUAUAGUUUACUAUUUUUGAAGUUUACAUUGUUACAUAUGAAAUGGAAACAUUAUUUUGAAAUGUUGUCAUAACCCAAUGGUGCAUUCUGUAACCAUGGAGUUCUUUGUUUCAUGGGAAAAGGGGCAUUCAUGAAUUGAACUUUUUAGCAAAUUAAUAUUCUCAAAGUCCAUUACCUGUUUGGUUAAACAGAUGAAUAAAAGAA